AUGCCGCUCCUGUCCGGCGUGAGCGAGAGCCGCCCGCGCGCAUCCAUCAGCCCUCUCCUGCCGUCUCCGCUCGACUUGCCGCUGAGCCCCUGCGGGUCCCAUGCGGACAGCAGCCCGGUCAAGGGCCUCUACUACCGACUGCUCGCGCCCAGGAGACGCGCCGACCUGCUGGUGAACGUGGGCGGCCUGCGUUACGCGUUCGCGUGGACCGACCUCGAAAGGUUCCCCCUGAGCCGCCUGGGCAGGCUGCGAGCGUGCAGCAAUCGCGAGGACAUCCUGGCGCUGUGCGACGACUACGACGUCUCGCUCAACGAGUUCUUCUUCGACCGAAACCCCGGCGCAUUCAGGGCCAUCAUGACCUUCCUGCGCGCGGGCAAACUGCGGAUACUCGGCGGCGUGUGCGUGCUGUCGUUCCGGGAGGAGCUCAGCUACUGGGGCGUGGAGGAGAACAACUUGGAGGUGUGCUGCCUGAGCCGCAUCCUGCAGAAGGACGGCGAGAUGCAGCAGCAGCAGCAGUGCGACGAACAAGACGGCAUCGGCGGUGACGCUGACGAGGCCGCCGCCGGCGCCGAGAUGAACGGCGACGACGACGUCUUCGGGGCGGAUGACGCCGAGGGGAUGAAGCUGGGCCGACCCACGCGCUGCGUGCGCGCGAUGGGCCACCUACGGGACAUGGUGGAGAACCCGAGCUCGGGACCCGCGGGGAAGGCGUUCGCCUGCAUCUCCGUGGCCUUCGUGACCAUCACGGCCGUGAGCCUGUGCGUGGGGACCAUGCCCGAGCUCAGGGAGGAGAAGGGCGAGUGCUCUCAAAAGUGCCGCGACAUCUUCGUCGUGGAGAGCGUGUGCGUGGCGUGGUUCUCGCUCGAGUUCGCGCUGCGCUUCGUGCAGGCGCGCAGCAAGUGCCGCUUCAUGCGCACCCCGCUCAACGUUAUCGACAUGAUCGCCAUCCUGCCCUACUACGUCACGCUGCUCGUCGACUCUCUCUCGGACCCCAAGGACAAAGCGGCGGGCGGCGGCAGCUACCUGGAGAAGGUGGGCCUCGUGCUCAGGGUGCUGCGUGCGCUGCGCAUCCUCUACGUGAUGCGCCUGGCGCGUCACUCGCUCGGCCUCCAAUCCCUGGGCCUCACCGUCCGCCGCUGCACGCGCGAGUUCGGCCUCCUCGUGCUCUUCCUGUGCGUGGCCAUGGCCCUGUUCGCGCCGCUCGAGCACCUCGUCGAGAGCGAGAUGGGCAACAGGGAGAGCUUCUCGAGCGUGCCGGCAACCUACUGGUGGGCCAUCAUCUCCAUGACCACGGUGGGCUACGGGGACGUGGUGCCGCACAGCGUGCCCGGGCAGGUGGUGGCUCUGAGCAGCAUCCUCAGCGGAAUUCUGCUCAUGGCCUUUCCCGUCACCUCCAUCUUCCACACCUUCUCGCGCUCGUACGUCGAGCUCAAAGAGCAGCAGCAGCAGGCGACGAGGAGGGGAGGACGCAGGUUCCACGUGAAGGCGCGCGGUAGCGACAGCUCGUGAUGAUCCAUGGGGGGUGGGGGGACUAUUGACGACGAUUUUGACGACACCUCCGAAUGGCAGAACACCGAUGACGCGUGAGUGUGGCCCCCUGCGUGGCUUAUGGAGAAACGGAGGGCUGCUCCGAGGCACGGCCGAAAACCAAGGGUCGCGUGAGACGACUGAACCACGGUGGUCGCGUGAGUUUGGGAAGGGAGGGAAAGAAGGCUGAGCACGCAGGGUCCAGGGCGAUAGCGGGACCCGUGACAAGCGAUGACAUGACAGAGAUGGAGGAGGCAUGGAGGAACUGAAACCUUAUUUUUUGAUACUGGCAAGGGGGGAGUCCCAUGAUGUAGCUGCUCGCCCCGAGCUCUCAAUGCCCUGAUAGUGGCGUCGUCUUUGUGCUGUUCGCCUUUUGGCGUCCUCUGGUCUAACGCAGUUUGAGACGAGGCUCUAAAGAAAGCUGUCUCUGGUGUGGGUCAAUCAGUUUCAAAGACAAUGCAUCAUCAUAUACUGUCAGAGCAUGUGUUUUUUUGUUUGCAUGUUCACCACAAGUAUGUGUGGUUGAUGCACACGUGAUUCCUUGCAAAAGGUUUCAGUUUGGUGUUUUAACAUCUUAACACGUGUUGCAUUGCCAGAACGGGUAAAACCUAUUCUUGUAUUUUGAUACUGGCAAGGGAGGUGCCGUGAGGCAAGGCGAAAAUGAAGCCGGGAUGGGUUGGAAGGCAUCCAGGGGAUGUCGUCAUAGCCGGACCUGCAGGUCAUGUCUGGGAAUUGAAACUGAUGACGACGAAGACGGCGGCGUGUUUAACCUGUUACAUGCCUCGUUCACACGGACACGAACAUCCAGAGACAUUUUAGGGCACAGACCGUAUUGAAAUUCACGCGUAAUUGGUGAUCGUCGGCAGAGUAUUGAAAACAGCCGCUUGUGGUGAUGAUGUCAUCAACAUUCGUUGUAGUUGUGAAUAGAAGAGGCAGCUUUGAUUUGAUGACUGGAUGUUUACGAAGGAUGACGAUACCUGCGCCGCUGUUUCUACCGCAGCAAACAACGCUGCUGCCUCUUGGCUUCUCCCUUGCAGCAUGCAGCACGGUAACAGGUGUCCGUGCUCAAGAGAGCACUGCAGUGUUCGGAGCAAGGCUUUCAGAAGCAAAGAUGUGACACUGCAUUUGUUGUAAUGCACAAACGCGCAUGAAAAACACUCAACACUCUCGCCAUUAACCCUGUGCCCGAAAUAGGGAAUAUUGUGUCCCCUCGGCAGCGGCGUGCUCAAUGGCCCUUCUACGUGGCAGAAAGAUCUUUUCAAAAGCAAGACCUUUCUAACGGAGACCUGUGUUUAACAUGUAGGCUUUCGCGAACAAUAUCAUCCAUAAUACAAGUUUGUUUUGGGUUAGAAAGCGUAAAUAUAUAAAUGUGUUGUUAAAUCUACCACCACCAGACACAUCCAAUUAGUAAUGUGUGUUACGUAAACAGAACGUGGCCAAUUCGUCACUAGUACAGCACUAACCGGUGUGUUGGAGAGCCAAGCCACAACAUUCACAAUCUGAGUACGACAUUUCGCCAGUAAUUACAACUAGCUUCAUCAGGCGACGGCCAGGUUUGUGACAACCCUUACGAAUUGGCUGUGUCGGGUGGUGGCGGGUUUAACGACACAUGAAUAUAUUUAUGCGAUAUAACCCUAAAAAACAACCUGCAUCAUGCAGACACUGUGUGCUUUUUAAAUUUCGAUUUAAAACUUUCGUGACUGCAGGGAUUCAUAUUCUUGUUUUUUUCGGUAAAGUCAUG